GGGGACCACUGCCUUAAAACACACUUUAACGUCGAAAGUGUGACGCGGGGUUUCCCACUCUCGCAUUUGUUCCCGUUUUAUUAGUUUUGAGAGCGCAUCUCUCCUCAUUAGACGAUCUCUGAUGACAGGAGUUCCACUACACAACGCUGGACUUUUACUUUCCGGAUGUCUCGUCGUCUGCGGUGGAACCACGAAACAUUUUGUGUUGUAAACUGCAUCUGAACUAUAACGUCGGAUCCAAGUCAGAACCAUGUCGGAAUACAACAGCAACCCCUUCCAGGACGCGGGAGUCAACAAUCAGAUUCAGGACUCGUCGACGACGCACGCGAGACAGACGGCGGCCGACUUGGAAGAGUACAAUCCUUUCACGGACUCCAAAAAUACAACGAUGGCCGCCAAGCCCGCCGGGCCCGCCAUCAUGAAGCCCACAGAGGAGCCUCCGGUCUACACGCAGCCUCGGACGCAGGAGGCGCCGGCAUUAGGGGGCGCUGGCGAGCUGCUGAGGAGGCAAGAAGAGCUGGAGAGGAAAGCUGCAGAACUGGACCGACGAGAGCGGGAGAUGCAGUCGCUCUCUGGCUCUGGAGGUAGGAAGAACAACUGGCCUCCUCUGCCAGACAAGUUCCCGGUGGGGCCGUGUUUCUACCAGGACAUCACUGUGGACAUUCCUGUGGACUAUCAGAAGACCGUGAAGAUCAUGUACUACUUGUGGAUGGUCCACUCGGGGGCGCUGCUGGCCAACCUGGUGGGCUGCCUGGCUUGGUUCUGUGUGGACUCGGUACGCCUGGUGGACUUUGGCCAGUCCAUCCUGUGGUUCCUGCUCUUCACGCCGUCUUCCUUCGUGUGCUGGUUCCGGCCCGUCUACGGAGCCUUCAAGACUGACAGCUCCUUCCGCUUCUUCCUCUUCUUCUUCGUCUACAUCUGCCAGGUUGGCGUCUACGUCCUCCAGACCGUGGGCUUCACCGGCUGGGGAGCUUGCGGGUGGAUCUCCGCCCUGACCGGCCUCAACACUAACGUGGCGGUGGGCGUCCUAAUGAUCCUCAUCGCCGCCCUUUUCACCUCGCUGGUGGUCAUGUCGCUCAUCAUGUUCAAAAAGGUGUACGCCUUGUACCGCACCACCGGCGCCAGCUUCCAGAAGGCCAAGCAGGAGUUCGCCACGGGAGUCAUGUCCAACAAGACGGUGCAGACGGCCGCCGCCCACGCCACCUCCAGGGCGGCCCAGGGAGCCUUCAAGGAGCCCAUCUGAGCUUCAACACCGGUGAGGGAGCCAAACCGAUCACCGGGGCUUUCAACUUGUACCUCCUUAAAGGGUCCCCCUCAUUCUACUCCUGUUUAGAAUUAACUUCAACCACAACACUAAUUGUCAGCCAUGUAGCAAUGCCGCCCCCCGGUGGUGCGGUCCUGUAUUACACCAACUGAAUGCUGGACGUUUUGUACUUUUAAUUAGGAUUUAACUUUCAUAAAAGUGGAAAAAAAAAAACCA